GGCGUGCGUGGGGCGAGGAGCGGUGACAGUUGCCGCGGGCUGCCUCUUUCUCUUCGCCGCGGGCUCCUGGCCGGGAAGCAGCAGCGGCGGCGGCGGUGGGUGGCAGACCAGUAAGAGCAUACCUGAGGUCAAUGAUGUUUUCCAAGCUGACCUGCUCUCGGAGCACUGCUGCUCUCUGGCGAGGUGUUCAUGCUUCCUUGAGUUCUGCUGCCUCAGCUGCUCCUAAAAAAAACAUCCAGGGAUCUCCCACCUCUGAUUUCAUAUAUGAACGUGAGGCUAAAUAUGGUGCCCACAAUUACCACCCACUGCCUGUUGCUCUGGAAAAAGGAAAAGGUGUUUAUGUCUGGGAUGUUGAAGGCAGAAAGUAUUUUGACUUCCUGAGUGCUUACAGUGCUGUUAAUCAAGGCCACUGCCACCCAAAGAUUGUGAAUGCUCUGAAGCUUCAGUCUGAAAAACUGACCCUGACGUCCAGAGCAUUCUACAAUGAUGUUCUUGGAGAGUAUGAGGAAUAUAUCACCAAAAUGUUCAAUUACAACAAAGUUCUUCCAAUGAACACAGGAGUGGAGGCUGGAGAAACUGCCUGUAAAUUGGCUCGGAAGUGGGCUUACACAGUGAAAGGAAUUCCAAAAUACAAAGCAAAGAUCAUUUUUGCAGCUGGCAACUUCUGGGGCAGAACUUUGUCUGCUAUCUCUAGCUCUACCGACCCAUCCAGCUAUGAUGGCUUUGGACCCUUUAUGCCAGGUUUUGAAGUGAUCCCAUACAAUGACCUACCAGCUCUUGAGCGGGCCCUUCAAGAUCCCAAUGUAGCAGCUUUCAUGGUUGAACCAAUUCAAGGUGAAGCAGGUGUGAUUGUUCCUGACAAAGGCUAUCUCAGAGGUGUGCGGGAGCUCUGCACAAAGCACAACGUCCUGUUUAUCGCCGAUGAAGUGCAGACUGGUUUAGCCAGAACAGGGAAGAUGCUAGCUGUUGACCAUGAAAAUGUGAGACCUGAUCUAGUUCUUCUUGGAAAGGCCCUUUCUGGUGGCUUAUAUCCUAUCUCAGCAGUCCUAUGUGAUGAUGAAGUGAUGCUGACCAUCAAGCCUGGUGAACACGGCUCUACUUAUGGAGGAAAUCCGUUGGCUUGCCGCGUGGCCAUAGCAGCGCUGGAGGUAAUUGAAGAGGAAGAGCUGGCUAAAAAUGCAGAAAUCAUGGGUACCAUACUAAGAAACGAGCUGAUGAAGACACCAUCGGAUAUUGUAACGUCUGUGAGAGGAAGAGGACUGCUAAAUGCGAUUGUCAUUCGGGAAACCAAAGACUAUGAUGCCUGGAAGGUGUGCUUGCGGCUGCGUGACAACGGACUGCUGGCCAAACCCACACAUGGUGACACCAUUCGACUGGCACCACCCCUUGUGAUCAAGGAGGAUGAAAUCAGAGAGUGCAUUGAAAUAAUUCAUAAGACCAUUCUGUCAUUCUGAACAUGUGGCUUUAAAAAUAUCUCUGCUGACUGGCCCAAGGGGGUGUGUUGAAAUGCGUGUGAUGGAGGCCUGCUCUUGGAGCAAGUGUCUCUUAUUCCUUGUGUCUAAUAAGAUUUGACUCUUAAAACGUAGCUAUGUCUUUAAAUUAAAGUAAUAAAGAACUCCCAAUCUUGCAGUACUUGGAAA